UCGAGUGUGCUCUUCAGCCGGCGGAGACAUGUGAGGAUGUUUUAUUUCGAAUCACUCCGACCAGCGAAAAUGUGUUUAACAUAAACAGACAUUUAACCAUACUAAAUGUAAAUCUGAGCUAUAACGUCGGUUGUGUAGUUGUUUGGUGUUUGAUUCUGGCGUGUUCGCCUCUCGUCAUGGAGAAGAACUUCAGUCAAUGGAAGAAACAGUGUCUGAACAAGUUGGACCUCAGUUUAAAGGGCAGUGUGGACCAAGACAUCGCUCACAUUGUGUCGCUUCUGAACGGCUGUGAUGAGUUCUUCACCACCAGCUCCUGCUCCGGGAGAAUCACUAUCAUUGACGCGGUUCCAGACAGCUCUGGCAUCCAAAAACAGAAUUGUGCCUGGUUGUUUGUUUCACAUGCCAAGUGUACACUCGAUGACCUGAUGGCCAGUCUGGACAAGUCCACAGGAGAUGCUGUGCUCAAGUUUGAGCCAUUUGUGUUGCAUGUUCAGUGUAGGAGGCUGGAGGACGCUCAGCUGAUGCACUCUGUAGCAGUGGAGUCGGGCUUCAGGAACUCGGGUCUCACUGUUGGCAAGACGGGAAAGAUCAUCACGGCCGUCCGCUGCACACAUGGUCUGGAGGUACCGUUGACCCUGAAAGGACACCUUCUGGUUUCACACCAAUACAUUGAUUUCUUAUGUCACAUGGCCAACGCGAAGAUGGAGGAGAACUUCAGAAGAAUCGACAGGUUCUACCAGAACCUCCAGUCGUCUUUGGCUUCAAGGAGUGUACACAAACAUGACCUUCCACAAGCCCAGGAACCAGAGGUUUUGCCUGACUCACGGGCUGCAGCCGAGGGAGACUCGGGAGAACUGGAGAAAAGGAGCCCGACAAGUGUGUACAGACGGAGGAGAAAACAAAGACAGCAGACUGAUGGUUGCCAUGGUGACAGUGGAGGCAGCACCAGUGUCUCAGAACUGGACGACUGUCUGGAUCUGUUUGCGUGAGUUACUCACUCGCUCACUGUCAGAGUGAUGUUUGCACUUGAAACUCAGUGACAUGUUGCAAAUGGUAUUUCAAAAGCACCAUUUGUUCAUUGUAAUGGUUUUGCAAAGACAAUUCCGCAGAGGUUUGUGUCUGUUUUGUCGACGGACACCUGGCGCUGACUGGAGGCGACUCUGUUUCACACUGCUAACAACUGGCCUGGGAACACUGCAUCUCUGUAAUCACACUGUGUCAUGAUGCCCAUGAGCAAUGUAGCGCUGUUCUCCUGUGGUGCGAGAAGAUUUGCAACAAAUAAUAUUGACAUUCGCCCAAAAUAAACCCACAGACAUUGUCUUUGAAUAGUGGGAAAGUGACUCUUUGUUGCCAUGGUGACCGUAUCUCAGCAGUGGAACCCCUGGAUUGUAAACUGAAGGCUACUUAUGUUUAAUAAGAAAAGUAACCGAAACAAUGAUCCAAGUGAAUAACAAUGUCAAUAAAGUUUUCUAAAGUUUGGAAAAAAGGACAAUCUGAUCAGAAAGUGAUACCUAAUUCUUUGACAUUUUAAAGCAUAUACUAUAAAAAGAAUCAUUAAACACAAAUUAUGAUUUAAUAUGAUGAAAAGCACAAUUUUAUGAAAACCGUUUUACCCAUUAUAAUCAAUAAAUACGAUAGACAUCAAAGAUUUCAUUAUUAUAAAAUUAUAGUUGAAAAUAGGAUCAGAAUAUUAUGAGCACUGGAAGAAAGGAGUUGGUAAGACAUCUGCGUUAAAUAAGUCAACUGUGAAAUUCAUUUUACAAGAGGCUUCUGUUGUAUUGUCGUUUUAUGUAAUACAGACAGUUAUCUUUGCUGGUACAUGAACAUGAUAUAUCUAAAUGAUUCGAAGGAUCGCCCGCCCCCGUUUAUUUCUAACGGCAGUUCACUGAUGUGACCACAAGAGGUCAGUAGAUAUGAGUGGAUUUAGACUGUGUACUUAAGGUUUCCAAAGCAAAAAUGAGUUUAGAUGUAAUAAUGUGGUUACAACAUACUUAUGAUGGUGUCAUCGUCAAGGGUCACAUGAGGGUCUUCAUUUUGUGAUUAACUCUGAUCAUCCUUGAUCUGUCACUCUUGUCCUUGAUCUUUUUUUAUUCCCACUCCUGAGAGCGUUGGUAUGAAUAUUAAUCCAGGAUAAAACGGGUCAGAAAAUAAAGAGAAAAUAAAGGGUUUCACGACAGAGAAGUGCGGCAACGCAAAUUCAGCUCACACUUGUGAUAUAAUCACGCUGGCACGUAUAUGAAUUACAUGCUGCGUGACUCAGCACUUAAGCGAAGGUUGAGGCGAUCCUCUCACCCCCACACUUCCUGUAAAUCACUGAGACACACAGAGACUGGCUCGCUGUCUCAAGCUUCUCUCUGAGUGAAGUAAGGUGUCCCACACAAACUUUUAAACAUGAGAUCGUGCUGCUGGCUGAAUAAAUGAUGGAGAUUUAAGCGAGGUUCUCAAACGUCGCAUAAAUUUAAUGUUGCAUUUGGUUACAACAGACCUCAAAAGUGUGUGUGUAUGUGUGACGCUUGUGUGUGUGUCCUGCUAACUCUAAGUGACUCUUCAGAGAUUGCUCUGUGAGGUAGAAUGAAUCGGUUUUAUUCUGGAGGAUUCUGUGAAGUCACAGAGGUGGAAACACCAGCACUCAGUCCCUGAAGGAGGUAAGUGGACUCAGACAUCGGCUAGAGCCAUUUUUAUUUCAGUCUUCUCUCCGAUUUGGGUCUAUCACCAUUGCUAGAGACGUCCAAGUGAGGCAGGCGGACUCCCGGGCAGUUCUCUUGGAGUCCAUCAUGCUGUACUUCCAGUCCAGCAGAGCAGGGCUUCAUCUGCAGAGACCCAAGACUGUCGAGGCCAGAUCCAGGGCCAGAGUCCUCAAGCGGCAUCCACCCGAUGACGCUCUACUCUGUGCUGGGAGGACUGCCUGUGGUGCUGGUGAGUCUCUCAACUCAGAAGAAGAUGGAUGUAUGCUCAUUUUUAUGUAAUGUUUAUGAGGUAUUGUUCCACAUAGGACUGGAGGUUACACAAAUAUGCUCACUUUUAUGUAAUGUUUAUGAGGUAUUGUUCCACAUAGGACGGGAGGUUACACAAAUAUUUUUAGAUUCUGGGAACAGGUUUUGGACAUGUCAGAUAUUCUUUGCUCUAAAGUAAAAAAGGAAAUUAUUAAAAAUGUUGACGUAUGAACAUAGGAAAAUACCAGUAAAAUAUGAUAGAAUUAUCGCUCUUAUGUGUGCGGCGGGGUUGUAGCAUAAUUGUAACUAGUUCAUCGAUGAACCAAAUGGUAUAUAAAAAUAAAUAUUUUGCUCCAUGCUUGAGCUUUUCCAGUUCAAUGCAGCUCAAUAUCUCUUUUUUUCCCCCCCACUUGCUCAAUGUCGGGGCGUCUGUACUUGUCCAACAAAGAGCUAUUGCUCUCCUAGCCUGAAGCAGUAAGAUGGGUUUUCUUUAGCCGUGGAUUCAAAUGUUCUGGGUCGAUACCAAGCACAACUGAUGAGAUAUCUCAGUGGUUAUCACAGUUUUAUUUUCCUUUACCGUUGUCGUUCUAAGAUAUCAGGGGUGGAGUUGGUGAUGUUCCUGUUUCACUCUUCUAACGGGUUUCAUGACCAAGAAAAGGUUGUGGUGCUGGCCGACUGUCUCUACGUGAACCCUAUGAUCCGCAGGACGUCACGAUUCCUCGGUGUGUUUGCCUUUGGCUUUUUCAC